CCAAUCGAGCCACAGCCACAGUAUUUUUAUGCAGAGCAUUCGGUUAAAGGUUAUGUUACAUGUUCAGAGCAUUUUUAUUUGUUUAAUUUAAAAAAACGUAACAUGUUUUGUAUUAAAAAGGACCAAAAUUGACUUUUCAGAAUGUGUAUAAAACAUGCCCCAAGUAAUCUCAGAAAGUCCUUUCAGAAUGUUGAAAAGGAUCUUUUUAAAUGGUUUCCAGGACACAUGGGAAAAGGUCUUAAACAAAUGCAAACAAAACUACGAACUGUGGAUUGUAUAAUUGAAGUGCACGAUGCUCGUAUACCGUUAUCGGGAAGGAACACCGAUUUUAAAUAUAAAGUAAGCGGCAUCAAACCGCACAUCUUAGUUAUGAAUAAAGUGGAUCAAAUUGAUCCUAAAUUUAUUCCACCAAUAACCAAAAAGCUUCAAAAUGAGUGUUCUAAUGUGGUUUUUACAAACUGUAAGAACCAGAAAUGUAAAGGUGUCCGCUCGAUAUUUCCUCUAAUGCAAAAGUUAAUUGAUGAAUCAAAUCGGUAUAAUAGAGCAAAUGAAGAAGACUGCUGUGUUAUGAUUAUAGGCAUACCAAAUGUAGGGAAAUCUUCAUUAAUUAAUGCGCUAAGAAAUAAGUUUUUACGAAAAGGGAAUGCUGCACCUGUUGGUCCUGUUCCGGGCAUAACUCGUAGUGUGAUGAACAAAAUCAAAAUUUGCGACAAACCAUUAAUUUAUAUGUUGGAUACUCCUGGAAUUCUAACGCCUAAUAUAAAUGAUGCAGAGACCGGCCUUAAAUUGGCAUUAUGUGCAACUAUACAAGAUCACUUUGUUGGCGAAGACAUCAUUGCAGAUUACUUACUCUACUGGUUAAAUAAGCAGGGAGUGUACAGUUACAAGGAGGUAUUCCAACUGCAGGAACACACAGAUAACAUUUUAGAAGUUCUAACUAAGAUUUGUGCUAAUAAAAAUAAAAUGUUAAAAAUUAAGGAUGCAACUAAUAAUUCAUAUGUGUUAAAACCAAACUUUGUUGAAGCUGCUGCUUAUAUGAUACAAUCGUUUCGCAAUGGAAGUCUGGGAAGAUUAAUGCUAGAUGAAGACAUUAUUGAACAAAAAUAAAUUGUAAUUAUAUGUACACACAACUUUUAGUUAUAAAGAUCACUAUAAGACUAA